UCCCUCAACAGCACUCAUUCCUCUGAUUCCGCCAUUCCUUGAGAAGACAACGACAACGAAAUGGACACCGCUGUUAUGAAGAGCUGGUACGAGGUCGUGCGUCUGAAUGAUCCCUUUAUCUGGAACCUGGCCGCCGAAGGGUCCUGCAGUCUCAAGGCCGCAGACGAGGGUGUCUGUCUCCCGCACUUGCAGCAUCUCCACCAGCAUACGCAGCUUGUUUCUACGGCCCAUGUAUUUCCACAUCCUUCUCUCACGCUCUCUUCCGCGUCUGUAGCCAAGGAAUCAAACUCGGUGGCAGCAGCAGCAGCAGCCCUCCUUCAAAGGAGCACCCACUGCAAAGCGUUGUUGGAUCCCCAACCACAGAAUGCACUGGACUGGCUGAAAUGUUUGAUCCAGCCCUCUCAAGAUGCUGCUCUGAACGGCAAUGAUCAAGGGCAUCUGCAUCCGAGCAGAAAGGAACUUCGGGCUUUACUUAACACACACGUGGACUUACGCGAAGCUUUCUCUAAGGGCGCAGAAUCAGGCAAAGGAGGCAUCCACGGCUGCAGCCAUGGAGCAGAAGAGGCAGCGUCGAAGCCGUCGUCUUCAGCAACACCGCCUCAUCCUAGUUAUAAUUCGGAAGGAUCCCUUCCCCAUCACCCCCACCGUCAAUCGCCUGGCACGAGGGCGUACCCAACACCAACAUUUUCUAAUUCAUAUUUCGUCUCCAGCAGUGAGAGCCACGCCGCUGGACGGGAAGACGUUGCCUCGUUUGCGGCAGCGGUAGCACCAACAGCAGGUGUGCCAAGUGCAUCAUCAUCGCCAUCGAUGGUGGCCGACCCGGUGACGAAUGCGUCCAUAGCACAGGUAGCGACGGCGGUGACUUCGGCAGGCGAGACUGAAACCGGAUCCUCAAAUCCAUUGGCGGCAGAGCAGCCGACCGAGAUUGCUGCUAACACGAAUGUUGCCGUCUCAGCUGCUGCACCUCUAGCGACAACCAUGCAUACCUUGCCCUCCUCAUCUUCUCCAUCGGCAUCCUCAAAUAGUCCAAGUCCUGCUUCCUUGAUCACAUCUUCCAAUACUGCCGUGAAUGCAGCCAUCGAUAAAGAUACGGCAAUGCAGACGAGUAACACCAGCACCCAGACCACUACAAACGACAACAGCAACAGCACCGGUACGACUGCUGAUAUCCCACCCUCCUCAAGCACAGCAACCACACCUACGAGUGGAACACCCAUCACGCCUUCACGGACCUCCACUCUUGUCCUCUCCUCAUCCGCGACUCUGUAUUCCGUUGCAACGAUGGCACAGGAUGGUCUGGUCCGGUCCAAGGAUGCAACAACAGCGUUUUUCUACCGGACCUUCUCACCCACCUACCGCAUCUCGCGUCUGUACAUCGAUUCAUGGACGAAUGGGUCUCAGAGACGAGGACUUGAGCGGAUCAAGAAUAGUGUUGUUCGCGGGGAUGCAUUGACGCUCGUGAAGGGAACGACAACCCAUAUGAAGGAUGUCUGGAAGCAGGUCAUGACGGCGUAUCGUGUCAAGAGUGCCAACAUUACUGCGAAGGCUGCAGCAGACGGACGGGGGAAGAACAAGAGUAAGAGCAAGAGUAAGAGCAAGAAGAAGAACCAUGACAGAGAGAAUAAUAGUGCGGACGAGGAUAGCAAGACUCGUCCAUAGACACUGAAACACAUACGAGCAUGCACGCACGUAGGCAAUCAGGCGCAAAAAAAAAAAAGGUUAGAACCUUUUAGCAGAAUAAAUGUAC